CAGCGACCGUGCCAGGGUGCCUUAUGCAGCCAGCAAUCAACCUCUUCUCCUCUUCUUCGUUCUUGGGGCGCAGCUCCUACUUAAAGCGAGUGCGCCCUCGUUAUUGACUCUUGUAAGAUGGGCUUGCUCACCUCUUCCCCCUUCCGUGCUGGGCUGGCUGUCAGAGCAUCGUCUGCCCUCCGAGGAGCCCCCCUUCUCCGCUCGCGACGAUCCCCAGCGAUCACAUGCAGGACACUGAAACCAUUAACGCUCAAGCAAUGUCUCCAGAACCUUUCGUGAAUUCAUCCGCUGAGAUCAUUUUUCGGCCUUGUUGGCAUUCCCUCCCAGAAAGUCCUAUUGCCAGUGCGGGCGCAGCUCUCCCGGGGGAACCAACCCUCAUGGUGACCCCGGCCAUGGAUCCAGCAGGCCCGAGCGAGGAUGGGCUCGUGACAAACACCAAUCACUCCCGUACACACAAUCGUAAUCGCUCCAGCGUUGAUGGAACCAAAUACAAAGAUGGCCAGUGGUCUCCGGAGAAUGAGCGGAUCGUGUUGGGGCCGUAUGACUAUAUGCUCCAACACCCCGGCAAGGACAUACGGCGGCAGCUCAUCAACGCUUUUGACGUGUGGUUGAAGGUACCUCCGGAGAGCCUGGAGAUCAUCACCAAGGUGGUGGCCAUGCUCCACACAGCGUCCUUACUGAUCGAUGAUGUCGAAGAUAAUUCCAUCCUGCGACGCGGAAUCCCAGUCGCCCAUAAUAUAUAUGGCACCGCACAGACCAUCAACUCUGCGAAUUACGUGUAUUUCCUGGCUCUGCAGGAGGUGCAGAAGCUGAACAACCCGACCGCCAUCGACAUCUAUGUUAAAGAGCUGUUGAAUCUACACCGCGGACAAGGAAUGGAUCUUUUCUGGCGGGAUACUCUGACCUGUCCCAGCGAGGAGGAGUAUCUGGAGAUGGUCGGGAACAAAACUGGGGGUCUGUUCCGACUUGCCGUGAAGCUGAUGCAAGCUGAAAGCAGCUCCGGAAAGGACUGCGUGAGCCUCGUCAACGUCAUGGGACUGAUCUUCCAGAUCUGCGACGACUACCUCAACCUAUCCAACACCACGUACACGAAGAACAAAGGUCUCUGCGAAGACCUCACGGAGGGGAAGUUUUCGUUCCCCAUUAUCCACAGUAUCCGCUCCAAUCCGGGCAACCACCAGCUCAUCAGCAUCCUCAAGCAGAAGACGAAGGAUGAAGAGGUCAAGCUGUACGCAGUGAGUUACAUGGAGAGCACUGGCAGUUUUGCGCACACGCGGGACGUAGUCCGGGAAUUGCGAGAGAAGGCACUGACGCUGAUCCGAGACAUCGACGGUGAACAGCCGGACGGACCCGAUGACGGCGCCAUGGUCCGGGCGAUUCUCAACAAGAUCACCGAGUCCACACUGCGAGACAGUAGUCAAUAGUCCUAAUUGAUGAGGAGCCAGUGCUCACUUGGGGGCUUACCCCGGCCAUCCCUGGUUGGUUGGUUGAUUGGAGAGUCCUCGUAUUUAUGAAGAAUGUUGAACAUGAUACAUUUGGUCUAUUGGAUGCCUUGGACUGAGACAACACACCCGUGGCGAUUUCAAUACGAACCCUUCCUUCCUACCUUCUUCCUUUCUUUUUCCCACUUGUAACAAAUUCCCGCCCGCGAAAACUUAUACGGGACGAUUCGACAUCGUCCAGAACCGAAUCCAACAUGCUCCAACUAUCCGGGGUAUAUGUAAUCCAUCCGCCAAUGCGAGAAUAACAAUGCGAUCAAUCACAGC